AUGGCGUCAACAGCAAGCACCGACGCGUCGUCGCUGGUCGCCAAAUCGGACCACAUGGCUCCAGAAAUACCGGCAGCAGUGCCGAGCUCUGCAAAGUCACCCAAAAGGCCCCCGCCAGAAACAAAAGAAAGCAUCUUCCUACGACGAACUACUAUCCUCUCCUUUUGGGCCGUGGUCAUCCUCCUGGGACUGCCAAUAUGGCUGAAGACGACAGCCGUCUACAGGGCCGCGUUGCCACUACAGGAGAUGACAGAGUGGGCCGAUGGCCAGGUCUGCAAACCCGUCUUCCCCCUACGUAUUGCUAUUGAAGCCCCUGUCCACGAGUCGGACGCCCAACAGCUUCUUCGCACGGCGCAGCACGCCCUCGAUGAACUCAACGACUUCUCUGCACAUCAGCUGCGGCUCUUACUUGCCGAUCCUCCUGCCGCCAACGCGUCCCAGCAAGUCAUUAGUGAUGGAACGAGCAUUCAGAGCCAUGGGGAGGAUAUUGCCUUGUCGGUACGAUUGAUUCCUGUCGAGACUGGCACAACACCGCGAUCACACCUGCAGCCAUAUAUGCCCCUGCUGGACGUCUACUACUCCCCAGCCCAGCUUCCUGCUCAAGGUUCAACAGGAUCUGUACUCGCAAGCUUCCUUGCUCAGGAGCUCCACCAACUAUUCGCCGAAGAAAGAAGUCAAUUGAUCCACGUGCUUUCGGCCACUUCCAAUGCACAUGCUGCGCAAAGCAGCGUCUUGUCUGCGCAGACUUCGGCCGAGUUAGAAAGGCAAUCGACCCGAGCGCUGAAAUACGCACCGACAUAUCAUCUAACAUUCUCGUUGUUCACACCUUCGUACACCCCAUCCUCUUGGGACAUCGAAGCUGCAUUGCGCACCUACCUCACGCCCCUGCUCGAAUCACUCUCGGCUAUCAGCAACUUCACGGUGGACACACAGGUUCAGCUGUACGCUACCUUCUCCCCAUCCGUACGCCUGCCUGACUAUGACGAAGACCUCAAAGCAUGGACGUUACGCAAAGAAGACCUGAGUGGCUUCAUUAACGCUGCGGAGUGGCCCCUCAGUCCUAGCAUUGGCGAGGGUCCAACCGUCAACUUCAUCCUCUAUGUGCCGCAUGAAAACCAGACACCAUUACUAGUCAAAGAAAACUUGGCAGAUAGCUGGCUCAUUCCUCAGUGGGGCGGGGUGCAUAUUUUGAACCUUGAUCCAGGAUCAGGUACACCAUCCGAGCUGAAAGCUGAUGCACUUGCGCCUGCAAUGCACAGCUUCUCGAAUCAGCUUAUAUCUUUAUUUGGCCUGCCACAAUAUCCUGCUUCAUUGCCUCUUCGUAUCUCGACGCUUGAGCGCGUUCGGGUUGCAUCGCUCAUUUUCUCAGCUUCUUCCACCUUGGGUGCACUCGCUCAGGUUUACACCAAACUCCCCUCUAUUCCUGUGCCCGAUAACGUCGCUCAGUCGGUUCAGCAUGCAAUCUCGCACUUACAACAGGCGUGCAAUUUCCUCAAAGAUGGCCGCUUCCCGCGCGCUUUAGAGCACGCUCGAGCUGCAGAGGUCGAGGCCGAGAAGGCGUUUUUCGAGCGCUCUAUGGUUGGGCAAGUCUACUUUCCUGAUGAACACAAGGUAGCAGUUUAUUUGCCCCUAUUAGGCCCAGUUGCUGUGCCUCUGGUCAUGGCCGGUCUGAAGGAGCUGAAGACGAUGCUCAAGCGAGUCGGACUAGAAGACCCUGUGGAGUUGAGUCGGAGCUCAGCCCCCGAUAUUCACUCACACAGUCCAGCGACGCCAAAGCUGCCCCGCUGCGGGCAAUCAGCCAAUGUCAUGAUUCUCUGGCUCGCAGCACUACUGUAUAGUGCCAUAGUGAGUAAUACGGCAAGUUGCCGCAAACUAGCACACCCGCAUAACGCAGUCUGUUGUCUAACCUCGGAAAUACAGAAGCGCGGCUGGGACCAAGGCGUCCAAGGCGUGAAACAAGUCCUCGACCAAUUCGCCAAUGAUGGAUCACCCGGGCUCGUCUUCCACGCCGUCGACAAGUCGGGCAACACCCUCGUCAAACAUGCUGCUGGUAAACUGGGCGUAGAUUCCCCUGAAUCCAUGGACGAAGACAGCACUAUAUUCUGGAUUGCCUCUUGCACGAAACUUGUGACUGCUAUUGCGGUACUGCAACUCGUUGAGCAAGGCAAGAUUCCCCUCGACGACACAGCAUUCGUGAAGAAAGUGAUCCCAGAGAUCUCCGAGAAGAAGGUCUUCGAGGACGGCGUGAACGGCGUUCCACAGGAGAAAGAUGUCACCGUCCGAAUGCUGCUGUCGCAUACGGCUGGCUUUGCAUACGGUUUCUUUGACCCGCGUGCGCAUACCAAUGGCCUCGAGUUUGAGGGAUCAGAUGGUAGCAAAGAGAACUUUCUCAAGCUCAACCUAGUUAACCAACCUGGUUCGAAAUGGGAGUACGGCGUCAACAUCGACUUCGCCGGCAUAAUCGUCGAACGCGUAACCAACCAAACACUCGGCGAAUACUUCCACUCGCACAUCUUCACCCCGCUCGGCAUCCCCCGCGACGGCAUCUCCAUGUUCCCCACUGCAGAAGCGCAAAAAUAUCUCGCGCACAUGCAUCAGCGCGAUGGCAGCACCGGCCAGCUCAAGGAGCGUGAGCAUCUGCACAACGGGCCGCUAGCACAGUCCACAAAGGACCAGCAGGAUCGCUUCAUGCAGUCGGGAGGCGCGGGCCUGUUUGCCAAACCAAAGGAGUAUGUCAAGAUACUGGCGGCCAUAUUGAACAAUGGGACGAGUCCGACGACGGGGGCGAGCAUCUUGAAGAGGGAGAGUGUGGAUAUGUUGUGGGAGAACCAGAUUCCUGAUGAACCCAACUUCGCCCGCGCCAGCGUCAUCCCCGCAAACCCCCUCCUCGUCAACCCAGCCUCCGAAUUCUACCCCCAGCCCAACAACCCAGCACAAGGCUGGGCCUACGGCGGCUUCCUCACCAUAGCCCCAGGAUCCACAGGCCGCGGCGCAAACACGCUGUGGUGGAUGGGGCUAGCCAAUUGUUUUUGGUGGAUGGAUCGGGAGAAGGGUGUAGCCGGAUUUUUAGGGAGUCAGGUUCUUCCGAAUGGUGAUCCCAAGGUCAUUCCGGCUUGGUUUUCGGUUGAGAAGAUGGUUUAUGAUAAUUUAGAGUAA